GUGCAAGUGAAGCCCAAGAAUGAAGUCUCUCUACUGGAUCUAGAUGACUUUUCUCCAGCAAACUCAAACACGCCAAAAUCCUCGGUCCUCUCUUCGAGCCUGAUGUCCGACCUCGAAGGCCUCUCUCUCUCCAACGUCUCCUCCGCCAUGCAGGUCACCGCUCCGUCUUUCGGCCCCGUGAAAACCUACGAGCUGCUUCACCACAUGACAGGAAAAGGUCUGUCAGCGAAGUAUCAUUUCCCCAGGCAGCCGUGUCUGUACCAGCCCAGCAUGGUGGCCGUGCAGGUUAUACUGACCAACAGCUCAGACCACAGCCUGGAGGAGAUCCAUAUAGGAGACCGGAGCCCAGCGAGCCUCAACAUCCACUGCUUUAACACUAUCGAGCGGUUGGAGCCAGAGGCCUCGGUGACGGUUUCCAUGGGUAUUGACUUCAGCGACUCGACACAAGCAGCUAACUUCCAGUUGUGCACCAAGGAGGACCAGUUCAGUGUGUCCAUCCAGCCAGCUGUGGGAGAGCUAUUAAUGCCCAGCACCAUGACAGAGCAGGACUUCUGCAAGGAGCAAGGUGAGGUCAAACCCGAGCAAGCCUGCAUCACUAUUCACUAA